AAAACCCUCCAAACUUUUUGUAUAUAUAUAUAUAUAUAUAAAUAUACAUACAUCAUCUUCUUCAUCUCAAUCCAUAAUCAAAAUCAAAAUCAAAAACAAUAAUAUGAUGAUGAAGAAACAUCCCUUAAUCUCACUCAUCAUCUUCCUCCUUCCUCUCUUAGUUUCAUGCUCAUACCAAAACCACCACCAGGUAUACGUGGUGAACUUUGGAGAUCAUAAUAACAACAACAAUGGAGUAGCAAAGACAUUGAGUGAGAUUGAAGAGAGUCACCACUCAUACUUGAUGUCAGUGAAGGAGACAGAAGAAGAUGCCAGAGCCUCUCUUCUUUACAGCUACAAACACUCCAUCAAUGGCUUCGCAGCCCUACUCACCCCAGAACAAGCCUCUAAGCUAUCAGCAAUGGAGGAAGUGGAGUGGAUUUCGAAGAGUGAGCCAGACAAGUACACGAUGCACACAACCAGGUCGUGGGAGUUUUCAGGGUUGGAAGAAGACGAGAGACUUAUUAGCUCAUCAUCAUCAUCAUCAUCAUCAUCAUCAUCGACUAAUAGUCAUUUUGGUCAUAUUCCUACUGACUUGUUAUCCAAAGCUCGUUAUGGUGAACAAGUCAUUGUUGGUGUCUUGGACAGUGGUGUGUGGCCAGAAUCAGAGAGCUUCAGUGACAAAGGAAUGGGACCUGUUCCCAAAUCAUGGAAGGGAAUCUGUGAAACUGGUCCUGAUUUUAAUUCAUCCCAUUGCAAUAGGAAGAUAAUUGGAGCAAGAUAUUACCUCAAAGGUUUCGAGCAAUAUUAUGGCCGUCUAAACACAUCAGAGGACUACCGUUCGCCCCGUGACAAAGACGGCCAUGGUACUCACACUGCCUCCACCGUGGCAGGCCGAAGAGUACCUGGCGCCUCUGCUCUCGGUGGUUUUGCCAAUGGCACAGCUUCCGGGGGUGCACCACUUGCCAGGCUAGCCAUCUACAAGGUUUGUUGGGCCAUACCCGGCAGACAGAAGGCUGAGGGAAACACAUGCUUCAUGGAAGACAUGCUUGCAGCCAUGGAUGACGCCAUUGCAGAUGGCGUCCACUUGAUGAGCAUCUCAAUAGGGACGACGAAGCCUGUUAACUACAGUGAUGAUGGCAUUGCCAUUGGAGCAUUGCAUGCUGCCAAGAAAAACAUCACUGUGAUUUGUAGUGCUGGGAACAGUGGCCCUGGGCCGGGGACUUUGUCUAACCCUGCUCCGUGGAUACUUACUGUUGGGGCUAGCAGCGUCGACAGGGAGUUUCGUGCGCCUGUUGUGCUUGGAAAUGGCCAGAGAAUCUUGGGAGAAACAGUCACACCAAGUAAGCUGAGGAGGAAGUUGUACCCUUUGGCAUAUGCUGCGGAUUUAGCAAAACCGGGUGUGUCGAGAGAGAAUGCAUCACUUUGCCUUGAGGACUCUCUUUCCCCUGAAAAAGCCAAGGGAAAGAUCAUAUUUUGCAUGAGAGGUAAUAACUCAAGAGUUGGAAAAGGCAUAGUAGUGAAAAGAGCUGGCGGAGUUGGUUACAUAAUGGGAAACAAUAAGGCAAGUGGAGGAGAGGUACCUUGCGAUGCUCACUUCCUUCCGGCGACAGCUCUGGGUUUCGACAAUGCCAUGAAAGUUCUCAAGUACAUCAACUCGACUAAGAAUCCAAGAGCAUAUAUCAUGCCAGCAAGGACUGUAUUGCAUACUAAGCCAGCACCUUCUGUUGCCGGCUUCUCUAGCAGGGGUCCAAAUGUUAUAGAGCCAAAUAUUCUCAAGCCGGACAUAACAGCUCCAGGAUUGAAUAUAUUGGCAGCAUGGAGCGGGGGAGAUUCUCCUUCAAAGUUUUCAAGUGAUAUAGAUCCGCGAAUUGUCAAGUAUAACAUACUCUCAGGAACUUCAAUGUCUUGCCCUCAUGUGGCAGCCGCUGCGGCACUUAUUAAGGCCAUUCAUCCAACUUGGAGCAGCGCAGCCAUAAGAUCUGCUCUCAUGACCACAGCUGGUCUGACGAACAACUUGGGUGAGGCAUUAAGUGACGAGUCCGGGGGUUUAGCAAACUCCUUCUCCUAUGGCUCUGGCCAUUUCCGUCCAGCCAAGGCAGCAGAUCCUGGCCUUGUCUACGAUGCUUCUUACGAAGACUAUCUUCUCUACCUUUGCAGCAUUGGACUCCGAAGUGCUGAAAAAUCAUUCAAGUGCCCAAAGAAACCCCCCACGGCAAUGGAACUCAACUAUCCUUCCUUGUCUAUCUCUAAACUUGUUGGAACGAUCACUGUCAAAAGGACCGUCACCAAUGUGGGGGAUGCCAAGAGCGUUUACUUCUUCCAAUCUAAACCUCCAUUGGGAAUCUCAGUUAAAGCUUCCCCAAGUAUCUUGUCCUUUAGUCAUGUUGGUCAGAAGAAGAGCUUCACACUAACAGUUCAAGCAAGGAGUGAGACACUUGAAAGCAAUAACAGCACUAAAGAGUACACCUUUGGGUGGUAUUCCUGGCUCGAUGGACAUCAUGUUGUUCGAAGUCCAAUUGCAGUCUCUUUAGCUUAGCUGCUUUCAUGAUGUAGUAUAUCUCUCUCUUUAUCAAGUUUCCCCAGCUUAGUUAGAACAUAGGGACAUAGAGAAACAAUACAAACCUACAUUUCCCUGCACAAAUUGUCAGGGGGUUAUCAUCCUUGCCAACAUACUGGACAAAAACAAUAAGUUAGUUUACAUUAUAAGUUUACUGCCUUCUUUUUUCA